AUGGCGAUCCAUUUUGCCUACAGUGGACUAGAACAGUUUUUAAAUAUCUUAAGGGACCAAAAGCUUCGCGCCGAGCAGGCCGGAUUCGAUUUAUUGGUAUUUUCAAAAGUCGAGCAUGACUUCCUACGUCGCCACGAAGCUAUGAUCGAGCGAGAAAAGAUUCGAAUAUUUGAAUAUGCGCCAGAUAAACAACAACUCAUCCUAAAGAUGCCAAUCCGUGCCAUCUUUGUUGCCCAGGGAGUGAUAUUCAGAUAUUUGACAGAGCAAAUGAUAAAGGUCGGGAUGAAAUAUGACGACUGGAUGCUUCUGAACGGAGGCGAUUUUCAACUCGAAAACGGGUGCACCGUCGAGCCAGACCUAGCCCUCUAUUCAAUGGUAGGUAACAAAAGGACGUCAUUGUUUCCGCAUAUCGUCUUUGAGAUUGGAAUUUCGCAAUCAGUCGAAGAUUUAAGAUGCCGUGGAGACGAUUAUAUCCGGUAUUCUGAAGGGAAGAUCAAUGCGGUAAUUUGUUUACAUGCGCCACAAAACCAAAGUCAUGUCAGCUGGGUAGUAUAUAAGGCGCUCAGGCAAUCUGAUCAGGGCCAGGCUUUUGAGUCUGUGAUUUGGGGUCGUGGUUUAAUCACGUUCGAUAAAGAUGAUCACAGUGGGCAGCACGGUCUACCGGUCAACAUUACCACCACGGGGCCAAUGAUCAUUCCUAUCGGAAAGCUUCCAGACACCCUGGAUAAACUCGAGUUGACUGAGGAAAGCCUCGUCAAAAUCACAGAAAAAUUUAUCUCAAGGCGCUGGCAGGGGUAA